AUGAGCUUCACCGACAUCAACCACAAGCGUCGAAACCAUAGCCACAGCUAUCCAAGUCUCUCAGAUGAUGGCCCACUGUCACUUAUUGAUUCCUUUUUGCCUUCCUUCGAAAUGACAGUCCCAUAUUCCUCCUUCGUUUCUCCACUACCACUCUCGUUCACGGAUCCAUUUGAUGAUAUAAACAUGGAACCUUUGCCUAUCAGGUCGCAAGACCAACCGUCAUCAAUGGCUCAUUCAAGCUUUGAUGGAUUCACAUCCCCUUUCACGCAACUGGAUGAGCCUUUGGGCGCCAACCUGCAUAAGGGUCUGAUUGAUAUUCUGAAUCCCGUCAUUGAUAUUGUUGGCUGCAAACGAAGCCCAGAAGAUGGCUCCUCCAACAACAGUCAACGCCCAUACAAGCGCCAACGGAUGAACCCUGUCCAAUCUGCUCAUAGAGAAGAAAAUGCUGCUCGCUUUCGUCCUUAUCAAGAAAAACAGUGGAGAGAGCAGUUCCAAAAGCUCAUCCAAUACAAGCUUCUUCAUGGACACUGCUGUGUUCCUCAUUCUUACCAAGAAGACCCCAUCCUUGCCCGAUGGGUCAAGAGACAACGGUAUCAAUACAAGAAGUUCCACGAUUCCAAUCCCACAUCCACCAUGACGACUCGACGCAUCCAAGAGCUUGAGUCUAUUGGCUUUAUCUGGCACUCCCAUUCAUCUGCGUGGCAGGAGAAGCUCAAUGAGCUCAGAAUCUUCAAGCAACAAAGAGGUCAUUGCAACGUCCCAUCACAUUAUCCAGAGAAUCCCGCGCUAUCGACUUGGGUGAAAUGUCAACGUCGCCAAUACAAACUUUACAUGACUGGCUCGUCUUCGUCGACCAUGACAAUGGAACGAUUCCAGCUGUUACAAUCGGUGGGUUUUGUCUUUGACAUUCAAAAUGUCAGAAGGAGGUCAGCAGCAGCCAGUUAUUAA